UCUUAUAAAAAAUAUUUGCCGAAUUCCAUAGAUGAAUAAUUACCACUACUUCACGCAUUCCACCUUGCGAAGUGGACACACGCGAAAAUAACCAACUGGUACUUGUUUUUCUUUCAGUACUCCUUCAGUCGCCGGACGACGUUACUCAAGACGCAAGUGGUAGACGGUACGUAAACGGAACCAAAGCCGCUGUGAUAGAGCACUGGCUGUAACACACUCGGGCGUGUCGGUGUCUUCACCUAGAGCCCGAAGGUACGAAAUACCGAUACGGAGAUCAUCUUCACAGAACAAUACGUAGAAAGAGAGAGAGAGAGAAAGAGGUUGACCCCAAAGUUUAUUUGACAUAAGCACGUUUGUGACCUUUAGUUUUGUUAAAAGAUUAUGGUGUUUGUUGGGUUUGUGUUCAGGUGAAUUGGAAUGGGUAGUGAUUAGUGAUUAUUUCGCGUUCGACUUUUGGAAAUCGUAUUAUUUAAAUAAUGAAAAAGAAGGCUAUAGUAAUUUUGCUGUUUUCGGCUGCAGUAUUCGCUAUAACGACGGCGCAAUGUCCUUGGCAUCAAAAAGUACCAGAACUACUGUCGUCCUGUCUAUGUUCGUAUAAUUUAGGACACGAACUAUCAGUUCAAUGUGACAUAGUGGAUUUUCCGAUACUCUUAUCUGCUCUUAAUCGAUACGCCUCAUCAACCCCUCUCGAUUUACUUUAUAUCAAUAAUUCUACUAUCAAAGAAUUGAAUGACGAAAUGUUCGUCAAGCUCAAAGUACAAAGUAUGCAACUUUCCGGUUGUAGCAUCAAAAAAAUUAGCGACGAUGCUUUUGCGGGGUUAGAGCAACAUUUGAGAAACUUAAAUUUGCAAGAUAACGAAUUAACCGAAGUACCAGUGAAGAGUUUGAAGAAUUUAAAAAAUUUAUCUCUAUUGGAUCUUUCGCAUAAUAAGAUCAAUCGAGUUCCCUCCGGCGCGUUUGAAACAUUAACAAAAUUAGCAACUUUAAAAUUAUCAGAUAACAAUAUAACUUUGGAAAGGGGCGCUUUAAAAGGCUUGGAAAUUAGUUUGAAAAACUUGAAUUUAAAAGGAACUAAACAGAAAAAAGUACCUGAAGCUAUACAAGGAAUGAAAACUUUAGCGUUUUUGGAUUUAUCUCAAAAUAGCUUGAAGGAACUACCAGGACCUAACGGUGAUCAAGCUUUCGAAGGCUUAUCGUCUCUUACAGCCUUAAAUUUAGAAAGGAAUCUCAUUCAAACUUUACACGAAAACGCUUUCCACGGGAUAAGAAAAACAUUGAGCUCUUUGAGUCUUUUGAACAACUUACUACCUGAUUUUCCUACUGCUGCAUUAGGUGCUUUGAAAGAAUUACGUGUUUUGGAUAUAGGAUUCAAUUUAUUAACGGAACUACCCGAAAAUGCUUUCGGCGGAAAUCCUUCUGUAACAUUACUAGCUUUAGAUGGGAAUCCUUUAGCUACGGUACCUUUUGAAGCUUUAUCGCAUUUGAACAACACUUUGAGGGGAUUGAGUCUUGGAGGAAGGUUUAUGCAUUGUGAUUGCCGGUUAGCAUGGGUUAUAAAUUGGAUCCGUAAUGGUGAUCUUCAAGUAACAAGUAGAGAACGCAAUCCACAAUUUUGCGGCAGUCCACCGAGAUUUCGGGAUCGAACUUUCUACAACAUUCAACCCGAAGAACUCGGAUGUCCACUUAAAGAAAAAGCCACUACUACAACAACUAUCGCAACACCUACAACUGUUUAUAAGAAGAAAGAAGUCGUAGUGGAAAAACCUAAAGAACCAGUUGGAGUUGCUACGGUUGUCAGCGCCGAUUUAGAUGAUGUGAUUCAAGCUAAUCCAGAUGUUCUACCACCUACAUCUUCAACAACUAGAGCUCCUUCAACUAAAACCACGACCAUCUUUAGUAGCACCUCUACGACAAGUAGGGUAACAAGUUCGUCUUCGACUACAGCAAGAAGUACGACACCGAAACAAUCGAUUCCUCAUUGGAAGAACCCUCAGAAGACACCUACGGUAUUAGCGUAUCCUGCAAGAGGUAAAGAGGAUACAAAGGAAGUGAUUGUGAAAAACGCUUUUAGACAAGACAACUCUGUUAUAAUACAAUGGAGUUCUAAUACGGCCAACAUACUCGGUUUUAGGGUUGUAUAUAGGUUGUUUGGAGAUAAAAGUUUUAAACAAGGACCUCCUUUAGAAGCCAGCGAAAGGGAGUUCAAAAUCAAGAACGUUCCAUCACAGGAAUGCAUCAUAGUUUGCGUCGUGUCUCUGGAAGAAAUCAACGUCACUCCAGACACAGUUCCUUAUACGCAAUGUCGUGAAGUACGUACAGUAUCAUCGGCGUCUUCUAAUAUGGAUAAAAUCACCAUAGCAGCAAGUGCUGCUAUAUGCGGUACGAUAGUCGUGGCAGUUAUAGUUUUUAUAGCAGCUUCCAGAAGACGAUCGAGGAAAAUGCACGAAUUACACCAACAGAAACUGGGAAUGAAACACGGUAUACCCAUAGCUGGUUUACCUGUUAAUUGUUGCACCGGUAUGCCAGCUAGUCCCGGUGAACCGCUAUCUUCGUUGGCUACUUUGAAUGCUUUUAACGCCACAAAAGAAUGGGAUCAAAUAUCAGCUUACAGCACUCACAGUCAAAGACCGAGGAUGUAUACUUGCGAUGCUCCCCCUUCCUUGGACGAAAUGCGAUCCCAUUUCGGACCGAAACCUCAUAAAAGAUCGAACGCUGACGGACAAUCACAAAAUAGUUUUUCCAAUCAUUCCGGAAGAUAUCUAACGGCGAAUGCAUUCCCUAACAAUCUGUUAGCAUCGAGACAAGAUCUACGCCAAUCCCGGCAAUCGUUAGCGAUGCAAUCGGACAGGAUGUCGUCGUCUCGAGUACCUCAUCCGGCUCAUUCCGUAGUAUCCUCCAGCAGACGAUCGAGACCGAGGUCAAGGUCGCGCGAUCACCAGAGACCGAGCAGUCGUUAUAGUAACGCCGGUUCGACGCAUACCCUUAACAAUUAUUGUGAUAAUUCGGAUAAUUGGACCGAUCACGAUAUGGACAUAUAUAUGGCUAGAAAUCCAACGACUAGGAACGGAUUGGUGCCUCUGUGAGACUGACAUGGAACGUUAAAAUUUUCAAUAAAUGUAGGAGAAAGUUGUACAAAAAAUUUGUUCUAGAAUGGUUUAGAACGUUUUAAAAUGUGUCCUGUAUAAAAACUGUAGUUAAUUACGAAAAUUUUUUAAUGUUACGUAAUAUUUUUCAUUUAGGAAGUGAGGUUAUGGAUUGAACAACGUUUGGGAAUAUUCUAAAAGACUCAAAUUAUCAUUAGAGGUAUGUUACAACUUCGGUAAAGAAUUAAUUGCGUCCAAACAGUUUUGAGAAUGUUUUGUAUAUUCCUAUCUGUUAAGUAAAAUAAAUUCCUAAAUCUAUCGAACUGUCCAUCGAUUACUGAUAAGAAAAAACAUAUAUAUACAUUAUCUGGAAGGUUCUAUGAUAUAUUCUAUGAUGAAUAGAAUAAUUCUGGAAUGUUUUCGAAUACUCUAGCAUUUUGCAUAAUGUUGCAAUUAAUAAUUUUCCACUAACAAUGAUUAUCAAUGUUUGAAACGUUUUAAUUCUUCAAUAGGUUGUAUCUCUCAUUGAUCACAAAAAAAAUCCAACUGAUAUUGUGUGGGAAGUUCAAGACGAAUUAAAGAAAGUUCCCAAUUGUUCCCAAAUUAUACUUGGAACAGUAGCGAAAUGUUUGAAAAAACCUUUUUUUAAUUAUUUUUUAAUCAAUCGUAUUUUACUUUGAUUAUCUGUACAAAAAGGCAUCUGGACAACACCCGGAACGUUCUAGAUGAUUUAUAGACAUCCUAAGAAACUUGUAGAAGUAUUCUAAAAUUCUAAUCUAGAAAUUAUAGCAAAUUAGAUCCUUAAAACGUUCUGGAACAAAUGUAUAACGUUCUAGAUUAAUUCAAGAAUUCCUAAAACGCUCUGGGAUUAAUUGGGACUGUCAUAGAUGAAUUUAAGAAUUCUUAGAACGUUCUGGAACAAAUGUGUAACGUUUUAGAUGAAUUCGAGAACUUCUGGAACAAAUGUAGAACAUUCUAGAUAGAUUCUAGAAAUUCUAGAAUAUUAUGAAACAAAUGUACAGCGUUCUAGAUGUAUUUAAGAAUUCUGAGAACGUUCUGGAACAAAUGUAUAACGUUCUAUAUGAAUUCGAGGAUUGCUAGAGCAAACUGGAACAAAUGAAGACGGUUCUAGAUAAAUUCAAAAAUACUAAAACGUUCUGGAAUAAAUUAAGACUGUUUUAGAUGAAUUUAAAAAUUCUUAGAACGUUCUGGAAUAAAUUUAUAACGUUUUACAUAAGCUCAAGGUUUUUAGAACAAACUGAAACAAAUGAAGACAAUUCUAGAAGAAUUCAAGGAUUUCUAGAGCAAACUGGAACAAAUGAAGACAUUCUUGAUGAAUUCAAGAAUUCCUUGAACGUUCUGGAAUAAAUUAAGACUGUUUUAGAUGAAUUUAAGAAUUCUUAGAACGUUCUGGAACAAAUGUAUAACGUUUUAGAUGAAUUCGAGGAUUUCUAGAACAAACUGGUACAAAUGGAGAUAUUCUAGAUGAAUUCAAGAAAUCCUUGAACGUUCUGGAACAAACGUAGAGCGUUCUAGAUGAUUUCUAUAACUCCUGAAAUGUUCUGGAACAACAUUAGGGCAUUCCGGAUAAAUUCAAACGUUCCCAGAACGUUGAAUAAUAAAUGUAGAACGUUCUAGAUGAAUUCACAAAGUUCUAGAACAAACUGAAACAAAUGAAGACAAUUCUAGAAGAAUUCAAGAAUUCCUUGAACGUUCUGGAACAAACUUGGAGGGUCUUAGAUGAAUUCAAGAAUCCCUAAAGUGUUCUGGAAUAAAUUUAUAACGUUUUAGAUAAGCUCAAGGAUUUUUAGAACAAACUGGAACAAAUGAAUAGAUGAAUUCAAGUAUUCCUUCAACGUUCUGGAACAAACCUAGGACGUUCCGGAUGAAUUCAAAUAUUCGUAGGACGUUCUAGAUGAAUUUUCCAAUUAUUCAAUUUCCAUUUUUUAUAUCAUAGAAUGUUCUAAGAAUGUUAUGAUGGUUCCAAUUGAUAAUUCAUCUUCCACUGAUUAAUUUGAGAACGUUUUGCAAGUGUUCAAAUGUUUCUGAUAUUUAUCACUCAAUAACAUCACCGAAUAAUGACUAUUAAACAAGUUUGAAGAUGAAAACAAAUUAAUUUUAAGUUUUCUAGCAAGUAUUUAUCUGUGUUUUACUGAAUUUUUUGAUAAACUAGCUUCCCAAUACCUUAAAAGAUCAACCAGAAUAUUGGAAGGAUAUUUGAACAAAAAAUAGUGUCCAAGAUAUUCACAGUGGAUGUGUACAUAUUAUAAAAUUAGGUAUAAUUAGAUAAUUUUCUAAAAAUUCAUGUUUAGGACCUUCUAGUUACACAUAUGUGUUAUUAUGUGUCACUUAUUUAUUAUACAAUUUUUUUGUAAAUAUAUUUUUAAAAA